GGCGCUUCACGCGGUGCUACCAGCCCAGCACGAUUCAUGGCUUACCCGACCUGCCCUCUCAUUUGACGGAGCUGCAUAUGCUGGGAGGGCUUCACACGCCGCUUCAGUGACACGUUAACGAAGCUCGUGCUCGACGUACCUACGGUGUCACACAUAACCUCUGGGUUCGAGGGCACAACGCUGCCCCUCAGUAAGCCAGAGACAGUCGUGAUGAGGCGGCUUACGUGUUUCGUUGUUGAGCUACCUAAGGAGACCAACGCCCGCCUUGCCGAAGAGCAGAUGGCGCUUGAGGGUGCCGUGCAACGCUUGCUCGCCAAGUUCGUCCUCCCGAACUCCACCGUCUCUCAUCUCCGUGCUCCCAUCCCCAUUCACGAAAACACGGAGGCCAUGGGAAGCGGAGGAACCCCGAAAGCUGUGGUCCCAGCGUUGGGGUGGAGAAUCCUAGAGUCUUCCGGCGAGUUCCGAUAAGAAAGGACUAGAAGUGGCGAGGGAUACGCUCCUGGAUAAUUGCACACGAGAUCGAAGAGACUCGUCCUGCACAAGCGAGGGUGUAGCAUUCGAAGAUGGCGGAUUGUGGCGAAGUAUAGGCGCUUGUAGGAUGAGUGCGCCCCAAGGCCUGCCGCUGAGAGGGCGCUUGAACAUCAUGCAUCAGUAGAGUUUGUAUCUAUAGAUAAUACCAAGAAUAAACAUGUUGUAACUUGC